UGUCCUUCUCCCGCCAACAGGAGGCGGUCCCUGACCGGAAGUCCUGUGCGUAUCCAUGGUAACAGACGCUUUAGAGAAAAUGGCUUCGUGCGAAGUUUAACCGAGAUUCAGUUCAGUUUAGUUCAGGUUAACUUAUCUGAGUUUAGUUCAGGUUAAGUUCUCUGAGUUCAGGUUAGCCUAGCUUAGCAUAUCUUUAAACGGGGAUGAAGCGCGUCAGAACUUUAUCUUCACGCUGAAGAAUCGAUGGAGGAUUUUCUGUCGCCAUGUUUUCAGACGAAGCUUCGGACUCAGUGACGGUUGAGUCCGUUUGGAGGAAGAAACACGAGAGUCACCGAGACACGAGAGGCUGUCAGACUCCAGCUGUGUCCAGAUGUGAGGCAGAGAUCCAGAGCGUGUCCAGGAGCAGCAGCUCCACUCAGACAGAACCAGAGCAGCUCCCACAGCCGCCCCCUGAAGCCCCGGAGCCCCCGGAGCCCCCCGGCCUCGGGGCCUUCCUGCAGCGGGUGGAGGAGCUGGUCGUCGGGGAGCUGCUCCGGAACACCAGGAGUCACGCGUUCGACGGGUUCCAGGUGAACUGGGCGGAGCACAGACAGCUGGUUUCACGUCUUCACCUACUCCAACAUCCGGUCGCCCAGGAGACGGGUCUGCACGUGACCUGCGUGUCCUGGAGCUGCACAGGCUCAGUCGUUGUCUGUGGAUACGGUCGGAUGGACGAUGGAGGCUGGAGCACAGAGAGCUCCUACGUCUGCUCGUGGAACCUGGAUCGUCGAGGUCUGAACCCCCGACAGGCUGAUCUGGUCAUAGAUGUUCCCACUGGAGUCACUGCUCUGUGCUGUCACCCCGACAGGCCCGCCCUCCUGGCAGGCGGUCUGUACAGUGGAGAGGUGGUCGUCUGGGACACCAGUCGGACUCAGGACCCAGUUGUGGCUCUGACGGGGACGUCAGCAGAGAGUCACAGAGAACCUGUUUAUCAG